CCGCUCCCCAUUAAGGAUUGGCACCUUUGGGGGGCGGGGGGGUGGGAGCGGGUACCCGAAUUUGACAGGUACCUGCUCCCACUUCCAUUCCAAUCGCCUAGGUGAUCUGAAAUGGAAGGUGUCCUCCAUCCCUGUAGUCUUUUGGGAUAUGUGAGAGGUCCCAGAAGACUACAGGACCAUUCAGGAAGCGCAGCACUACUCGUGCAUGCGCAGUGGGUACCCGGCUGUGAAGCCGCAAGCUAUCACAGCCAGGUGCCCACACUGAAGAUGCCGUCUUCCUGGAAUACAGGACAGCUGGUGAAAUGGGCUGCGGGGGACACACCGCGGGACCAAGGGACA